GAGACAUCUUUCAUUUUAUAGGAGAAAGAGCACUCUUUUGAAGAAAGCUCGUGAUCUAUCAUAUGAUUCUGAAAAUGAAGUUGCUCUUAUCAUAUUCUCCAGCGAAGGCAAACUCUCUGAGUUUUCUAGUACUUCAAGCUUUUGAUUUGAUACUAUUGGGAGGUCAUUAUGCGAUUAGAUUUUCUGGAUGGUAUGAAAGAUUUUGGUUAAAGACCAAAGGUUAUUAACCUUCGAGAGAUGUAUGUAUGUAUGUAGCUUGUUUGUGCUUUACCAUGUGAGGUGGACUUGGUUUGAUAUGCCUUCUAGCUAGUUUAUAAUCAUGUGUACUUUGACAACAUAUGAAGUUGUGGUGUGAUUUGUGUAAUACUAAGUUUUCGACGUAGUCUCGUAGUUUAUACGACACCCAACUUUUGGGAACAUUAUGUGAAAUUGUAGUUUCAUCUGUUCAAUUCAUUCUGUGUUUUAGUGACCCAUUGUUAAUCUGUGCCUGUGGUGGUGAUUAAUAGGCUAUAAACACUUAGUUCCAUCUUUCAUGACCAUUCACAUUCGAGUCACAUUAUUCAACAUUGUUUUUUUCAACUUUCAUCAUUUAUAAUGGAUUUUGAUUUUGAAUUACAAAUAGUACAAUUUAUAAUAGCGUUUACCCCUUCAUUUGUAGUUUAUGUAUUCAGUUAAAUUCUUGCAAUUAUCAGCUGAAUUUGUUUUGUUUAGUUUGAACUUUUCCAUUAAAAAAAUGGGGUUGGACCACAUCUUUUUUUUGUCAAUGCAGAUUAGUUGAUAUCAUUGUGUACUAAUGCAAUUAUGGGUUCGUCUUUCAAUUUAUAUUCGAUGUGUACUAAUGCUAUUAUGGUGUGGUCAGUUAAUGUUCUCUCGAUGGAAUCCUAUUGAUAGACGGACAAUCUUUCUGUGCUAUGUUUUAAAUUUUGUUAGUAUGUUGGAGACGCUGGAGAAGUAUGAAAGGAUCAAAGGUAUUUUACCUGUAUCAAGCGAGCCUGUCGUCAAUGACAUUGAGGAUGAAGCCCUCCAGGACUAUUUGCAGCUAAAAGCAAGAGCAGAGGUUCUACAACAAAAUUAUAGAAACUUGCAAGGGGAAGGUCUGGAAACAUUAAGGUUUGAGGAGCUCGAUCAACUUGAAAACCAAUUAGAGGUUACAUUAAAGCAGGUCAGAUCAGAAAAGACUCAAUCUAUGUUUGGACAUCUUGCCGAGCUUCAACAAAAGGAACAAAUGCAGCGGGAAGCUAAUAAGACCCUGAGUAAGAAGAUGGAAGAAGAUAAUGCAGAAACUGCACUACGAUUGUCAUGGAAAGUGGCUGAACAACAGAGGCAGCAGGGGAUGGACGAAGAUAAAGCAGAUAUGGCACUACAAUUGUCAUGGCACUACAAUUGUCAUGGCAAGCGGGUGAACAGCAAAGGCAGCAGCAGAUUGACAAAGAUAAGGCAGAAAUGGCACUACAAUUGUCAUGGAAAGCGGAUGAACAGCAAAGGCAGCAGCAGAUUGACAAAGAAAAGGCAGAAAUGGCAUUACAAUUGUCAUGGGAAGCGGAUGAACAGCAAAGGCAGCAGCAGAUUGACAAAGAUAAGGCAGAAAUGGCACUACAAUUGUCAUGGCAAGUUGAUGAACAGCAAAGGCAGCAGCAGAUUGACAAAGAUAAGGCAGAAAUGGCACUACAAUUGUCAUGGCAAGCGGAUGAACAGCAAAGGCAGCAGCAGAUUGACAAAGAUAAGGCAGAAAUGACACUACAAUUGUCAUGGCAAGCGGAU